UUUAUCUAGAUAUCAAGGUCUCAGUACCAGGAAGUCACUUUCAGUGGAUCCAGAGAAUCUGUUCCUUAAACCUGGAGAAGAGCAUGAAGUUAAAGUUUCAUUUACUCCAAAGAACCCCAAAGGCCGUGAGGAGAGGGUCUUGACAAUAUUUGUGCAGCCGUUCGGACCUCAGUACGAAGUAGUGUUAAAAGGUGAAGUAAUUUCUUCAGAAAGUAAACCUCUGUCACCUGGAUCUUGCUUCUCAGAUAUUCCAUCGAUUUUGUCCAACAAGCAGUUUUUGACUUGGGGUGGUGUCCCUCUUGGUCGAACACAGCUUCAGAAACUAGCUUUAAGAAGUAGUUCUACAUCUACAACCCAACACUUUCGACUCCUUAUCAGAGGACAAGAUCAGGAUUGCUUUCAGCUUCAGAAUACUUUUGGUUCAGAAGAGCGAUUGACCAGUAACUGUGAGAUCAGAAUUCGCCCAAAAGAAGACAUUAUCGUCUCUGUAUUAUUUGCACCUACUCGAUUAUCUUGUAUGUUGGCUAAACUAGAAAUCAAGCAACUUGGAAGUCAGUCACAACCAGGCAUUAAGUUCAUGGUAAGAUUGUUUUAUUGCCUUUAUAUAUUGGUGUAUAUAUACUCCCUUGGUAUAUAUAAUAUAACAGUUGGUUAAUGUUGGUAAAUUAUAUGUACUCUAAUUUUUAUAAGUCAA